AGGUGCGUUUCCCUCCUGUGACCACUAGGUGUCAGCAGAGCACACCUCAGAGUGAGGAGCGUUUGUGAAAGGCUUUAACAGACUGCACAUAUUCAACUUCCUCUGAUUCAGCAACACGUAGAGAUAAGAAGUAACGUUACAUGAGGAGGUUAGAGCUUCACAGAGAGCUGAGCUGUGGACUCAGUGAGAUUGUUGCAGAGCUGCAUUGGACCGUAAAGUGACACAAACUUAUUUAUUGUUUUCACGUGGGACUGACUUAUUUAGGUGAAAAGGGUUCCGGUGGCUGCAGGAAAAGGAAGAUAAAAAAAAAAACACAAUAGUUUCCCGACAGAGAUUAAACUGCCACAUGUCUGUAACUCCAGUCAAGUCUCAACCUGGAGGAGGAAACACCACCUCCCAAACAGAGCUGCUGGAGGAGGCGGGGCUUCUACGUCACACUCCUGAAGUGAAACUUACUGUUUGUCGGAGCGACAGUGAGACACGUCUCUGUGUUUCUGUCCAGAUAAAUAUUAAAUAUUACACUCUGCUCGUCUUCUUAACAGCUGACCCACAAACUGAGAUGGCUGCUGCCAGCAAUCUGCCAUCUGAAGAUCAGUUCCUGUGCUCCGUCUGUCUGGAUGUGUUCACUGAUCCAGUCACAACACCAUGUGGACACAACUUCUGCAAAAAGUGCAUCACUGAACACUGGAAUGUGAGUGACAGGUGCCAGUGUCCCAUGUGCCAAGAGGUUUUCACCACCAGACCAGAUCUGAGGGUCAACACCUUCAUCUCUGAGAUGGUUUCUCAGUUCAGACAGUCGACUCAGCAGAAAGCCAGCAGCAGCAGCUCAGAGCAACAAGAGUCCAGACCAGGAGAAGUUCCCUGUGAUGUCUGCACUGGAACCAAACUGAAGGCCCUGAAGUCCUGCCUGGUGUGUCUGGUCUCCUACUGUGAGACUCACCUGGAGCCUCACCUGACAAUGUCAGGCCUGAAGAGACAUCAGCUGAUGGACCCUGUGGAGAACCUGGAAGACAGGAUGUGUCUGAAGCACGAUAAACCUCUGGAGCUGUUCUGUAGGACCGACCAGACGUGUGUCUGCAUGCUCUGCACUGUGUUGGACCACAAGAUGCACAAUGUUGUUCCUCUGAAACAAGAAUAUGAAGGAAAGAAGGUGGAGCUGCAGAAGACAGAGGCUGAAACUCAGGAGAUGAUCCAGAAGAGACGCCUGAAGAUUCAGGAGGUCCAACACAACGUGAAGCUCAGUGAGGAAGAUGCAGACCGAGAGAAAGCAGAAGGUGUUCAGGUCUUCACUGGUCUGAAGGAGUCUGUGGAGAGGAAACUGAAGGAGCUCAUCACUACGAUAGAAGAGAAGCAGAGAAGCACCAAGAAACAGGCUGAAGACGCCAUCAGAGAGAUGGAACAGGAGAUCUCUGAUCUGAUGAAGAGGAGCACUGAGGUGGAGAAGCUCUCCCUCUCUGAAGACCACCUCCACCUCCUCCAGAGUGUCCAGUCCCUCAACAUCCACCAUCCACCACCCACCAAGGACUGGUCUCAGGUCAGUGUUCCUCCAGCAUCACAUGAGGGGACUGUGAGGAGAGCUGUGUCUCAGCUGGAGGAGACGCUCAGUAACAUGAUGAAGACGCUGGUUGCUGAAUUUGAGCUGAAGAGGGUCCAGAACUUUGCAGUGGAUGUGACUCUUGAUCCUAAAACAGCUCAUCGUGACCUCAUCCUGUCUGAUGACGGGAAACAAGUGAAACUUGCUCAGGUACAGCAGCCACGUCUCCCCGACAAUCCACAGAGGUUCUCUCACGGUCUCUGUGUCUUAGGAACACAGAAGUUCUCUUCAGAAAAACUUUAUUACGAGGUUCAAGUUAAACAAAAGACUGAAUGGUCUUUAGGAGUGGUCAGAGAGUCGGCCAACAGGAAGGGACACAUCUCACUGAGUCCUCAGAACGGUUACUGGACUUUAUGGUUGAUAAAUGGAAAUAAGUACAGAGCUUUUGAUAAUCCUCUAGUUCUUCUCUCCCUGAAGUCUGGGCCUCAGAAGGUUGGGGUGUUUGUGGACUAUAAGGAGGGUCUGGUCUCCUUCUAUGACGUAGAAGCUGCAGCUCUCAUCUACUCCUUUACUGGCUGCUCCUUCAAGGAGAAACUCCUCCCAUUCUUCUGUCCUGGUCGUUAUCUUGAUGGUAUAAACUCCUCUCCUCUGAUCAUCUCUCCUGUUGGAGUAAACUAAUCACUUCUAGGGAUGGGCAUCGAGAACCGGUUCUGUUUUAGAACCGGUUCCCAGUGAACCGAUUGUUUGGGAUCGUCAGCCAAAUUCUUUAAC